AUGGCAUCUACAAGCUACGAAUACUCAUCAACUGCAGCGGCUGCGAAUAUACGUGGACCAGUAUCGGCCAUCACGGAAGAAGAAGUUCGAAUCGCCAUAAGGAAAACAAAGAACGGCAAGGCAACAGGUCCAGACGACAUCUUGAACGAGUUCUGGAAGAUGUGCGGACAACCAGGAAUACCGAUAUGGAAAAAUGGCGAUAUAGCUGACUGUUCCACAUACUGGCCGAUACGACUUACGAGCGAUAUGCUGAAGAUAUUAGAAAGGGUACUAGAGACGAGGCUCGAGACAUCGUAG